AUGACUCUAAAGCCCCUGUGGGGCGCCACAGAUCAGGAAGCGACCUGCAAAUACUCUCAAGUUCCGUCCCAUCCGCCUUGAGCAUUUGAAGAAGCAUGAUGCGCUGCGGCCUUGCUCCGGUUUGUUCCUCUUUUCGGUUCCAGGGGCACUGCCUCCGCAGAGAAACCUUCUUCGUGAUCUCAGCCAGUCUCCCCCUCCCAUCUUGCACUCCACUGCUACUGCUCCCACCACCAGAAUCCUUUCCUCCGCAAAAAAUGCCACCCCCACCCCGCUUUGUCUUGGGCUCAGCACCGCUGACACUUCCCCUUGAGGACAACCUUCUCCCACUCAAUUUCUCCUUUCACCGUCACCGCCAGCUCCAGCGCCACCACAACUCCUCCUUUUUCUCCUUUGCCAACUCCAUCACCACCACUCUUCAUUGAGGACGACGUUUCCAGUAGGGCAAGCCCGCUACAAGCCUUCCUUUUCUCCUUUGCCAACCCCAUCACCGCCGGAUUCGACGCACCGACUACAGAAGAAGCUGCCAUACAAGCCAUGGAGGCCAGGCUUGACAUCCGCCUCCAGCUCACCAACGGGGAUGAAGAGGACAAAGAGGACGAGGACGAAGAGGACAAGGACGAAGAGGACGAGGUUGGUGAGAUCGACGCCAAUCAUGCCAGCAAUGGAGAUUACUCGCCUCCAGACGACUGGAUGAUCGACGACGUCAACGACCAGGACGACGACGAUGAUAAUGAAGAUGGUGGCAGCUCGGACGACGACCUCUUGGAAGAGACCUCUGCGAUGCUGGCCACUUCUCGUUGUGGGGAUCGAACCUCAGCGCCAUCGUCAGAGGCAUCGUCUGAUCUCUCCGACGCACCAUCGUCUUCAGCAACAUCAACCAGGCAACGCACCGAGACCGAAGGCCAACUUCCUGCGACCAAGCGCAGGCGCUUCGGUCUGACCGACGCUUCCUCGUCGUUGCGCGUAUCGACAUCCGGCCUCGGUUCGUCCUCCAACCUGCUGCCCUCUUCGCCGAUCGUGGCAAUGUCCUCUGCAAGCACGGCUGCGGUUGCACCUUCCGCUGGCCAGCCGCCUCCACCGCCUCCACCGCCAGCACCCCUCGCCAUUUCCGCACACUUGGCGAACGGUCAGCAACCCCCCGCCGUUCACCUGCCUGCGGGGACCGUGUUUGCCUGCCGAACCGAUCUGGUCGUUGGGGCUCGUCGACCUGUGAAGGUCGUAGUAGGGUUCAGGACUGGCCAUGUGCACCAUUACAUAGCGCCUGAGUCUGUCCAAAAGCUCAUGGCCUGGUGCACAUCGGAGCAAACCCUCUCCUUGCGCUUCACUGCGCGCAGUACCUGGAAGGGAGCCGAGGCAGUUGCACUGCGCAAACCUGAGCCAAUCGGCCUCAAAUUCCGCGUACACAACUUUGGAGCACAGCACAGGCAAUACCUCACAUGGCCCGACUGUGCCCCAUACACAAAGAAGUACAAGCUCGACGUUAUACUCGGCUUGGAAGCUCUGUGUGCAGCGGUAUUUGAAUCGAGCGGAUCGUACUAUCUGCGCACGGAUUGCAACAUGCUGUUGUCGCGAGUGGCAAAGCUUCCUCCACGGUGA